AUGAAGCUCGACAAGGAGUUCAGUGUCAACACACUGGCGUUAGACAGGAAGCAGCAAGAUGUGUACAAUCGCAACCCACAUUUACGAGAAAUUUUCAUCAAUCGCAAACGGUUUCUCGUUUACACCAAGGAUUUCGUGAAAGAACAGCGUUUUCUUAAACUGUUCCCCCGUGGAACAGAUCUCCGUAUAUCACCAUCACGAAAUGUCACGACUGAGCACUGGGGAGAAAGGAAAGCAAUGUUAACAGAAAUUGAGUUUUUGACGAAUUAUGCUAAGCAGGGGACCUUUUCGGUGAUCUAUGUUGGUGCUGCGCCUGGUUCACAUAUAAAUUUUCUGAGUACAUUGUUUCCGCAGCUUGACUUCAUUCUCAUUGAUACAAAAGAGUUUGUUGCAAAAGAAACGGAAAAAAUUCAUAUUUGUUCAGAAAAUUUUACGAAUGAGCUGGCAAAAAAAUAUUCCAGAAAUGGACGCGAUUUACUGUUCAUUUGUGAUAUACAUACAUUUGGCCCGCACCACGACUUAGACGAUUACAUGGUACAAGAUAUGUACGAUCAAAUGGUGUGGUAUUCAACACUGAAGCCCCAAGCUUCUCUAUUGAGAUUUCGUAUUUUGCGUGCAGAGACAUACGAAUACUUAAAAGGUGAUCUUAUAUUAGAACCGUGGGCAUCGAGACGAAACACCGAAUGCCGCUUGGUCGUUGUCAAAGAUGCACCUAAGACUGAUUAUAAUAAUAGGGCUAUUGAAGCAGCCUUGGCUUAUUUUCAUGAUACGACGAGAACGAUGUUUUAUGAGCAUGAUUUAAACGAUUCGGAAGCCGAAGGACUAGAUCACUGCUACGAUUGUCGAGCCGAAAUUUUUAUUCUACAUCGAUAUCUGUCCAAAAUUCAAAAUAUUUCAAAUGGAAAAGCUUUGAUACAGAAAACAGCUGAAAUGUCCUUCGAUAUAUCAAGAAACAUACAAGAUAAAACUAGACCGCCGAUUACAAAUGGCAUACGGACACUGAAUGUCAUUCAGAAAAAAUAG